AUGUCGGUCAAUCCCAUGGACUACGAAGCGCAGUUCUUCGGUUUCACCCCGCAGACCUGCAUGCUGCGCGUGUACAUCGCCUUCCAGGACUACCUCUUCGAAACCAUGCUGGUGGUGGAGAGCGUCAUCCUGAAGAAGCUCGAUGGGUUUCCCGACUGUAAAAUCAGCCCCUUCCAGAUCCGCAAGAGCACCGAGAAAUUCCUCCUCUUCAUGAAGGAGCACUUCGAUAAACUCUUCAGUAAAAUGGAAGAAGUGCUUCUGCAGCUGGUGUUAAACAUCCCCAAGAACGUGCUCCUUCCCGAGGACAAGGUCCACGAGCAGUUCCCCUACAGCAAAGAGCAGUUCCAGGCGCUCCAGGGUGAGAUCCAGCAGCUGCAGCAGCAGUUCAGGGCUGAGGCAUCCGCCGGGCAGGCGCUGCGAGCAGAGCUGGAAGAACAGAGAGUUGUUCGGGCUGAGCUGGAAAAGAUUUUGCAAUGGUUUGAUGGGCUUGAGAAUAUCAGUCGGGAGCACGGGACCAGCAACUUCAAAGAAAGCUUUGCAUUCCUGACAGAGAACUCGAAGAAACUGCAAGAUGUGCUGAAAGAUGUCGAAGAGAAAAGCAAAAAAAUAAAGAAGCACGAUCAGUUGUUGUGA